UUUUUUGUUAUAUAUCUUUCAAUAAUUCACCAUAUUCCAGGCAUUUAUUUUCCGAUACUAAUGGUGCAUAUUUUGUAAUGUAGCUCUUGUACUUUUCCUGAUUUGCUUGCAAAAUUUGUGACAUAUUUUCAUCAAAACAUUGCCGCAUAAAAAAUGCCGGCAAGCAUAACGGGAAAGGUAAAAGAAGUAUGUAACACUGCACUGAAUGGUUCAACGCAAUUUUGGGGUCACCCCCCCCCCCCCACACAUUUGGAGGUGAGUGACUUUAACGGCCAUCUUGAUUAUGAACACUUGAGAUCACAUGCAUAGAUCCCUGACCUAUCUAAUUCUUAUUAUCAGAUUAGUGGAAACAAUAACAAUUUCACCACAACCUAUUUGUAAACAAAAGAGCACAUGACUAUGUUUGUGGUUAAAUCGUUGCUAUUCAAAUAAAAGGUCAGAGUAGGGAUCUAUCAAUUUGACCGCUGUCUCGUACAAGCCAGGAAAAAGAAAAAGUCAAAAUAGCAAUGUUUGUCUUUGAUUAUAUGAGUUAAGUACCCGAAAGUUUACAACCAUCACCUGGUCCUAUAGAAUAGAUAACGGUUUUACAUCCCGUAUUAUUUAGACGUCACUAUAUAAGUAGUGCUAAUUGAACAGUGUAUCUAUUAAUUGAAACUGUUUCGUUUUUACAUUAUCGUGUGAAAGGUCAAAUUGUUUGUGAUAACAGAUAUUUUACGAUGAUUUGACUUUUUGUGGUGGGGAAAUUUAUAUUUAAAAGAAAACACUCUCGGAUUGUGUAGCGUUUAUUUUUUUGGACAGAAAUUAUUAGAUAAUUGGAACUUCUAUUUUUUAAAAAGAAACACGUGAAAAGAUGUCAAUAAAUGCGGAAGAUGUACCAAUAAGGCAACACAUGGAAGAUCCGGAAAUUGUGUGGCGUCAUGGGUCUAAACCCGACUAUACUGAUGUUAAUGAAAAAUUUAUAAAAGAAAGAACUAGAAAACACAAACAAGGAUCUUUGGAGAGAAUAGUUGAGGACUUAGUGAAAACUUGGGAGAUGGAAAGUAGUCACAAGACAAGAAAGAGGGACUGGGGUUCUGUUGACCCGGACAAGUUUUACAUCAGUUCAAACGGUGGUAGGAAGUUCAAUUUAGAUGAUAACAUAGAGUAUGGUAACUACAAUAUGCUCAUGGACGAGAGCGUUCUGUAUGAUGCCAGCAAAGAAACUAAUGAUUCGUCACAUGAACUGUUCAGGAAGACGUUUGAUAAUAAAUUUCCAUGGGAAGUGUUAGAAGUCCAAUCUGGACCACCUACAGUAACGUUCACUUGGCGCCACUGGGGAGAGUUUGUCGGUCGCUAUAAAGAUGUUGAGCCUACAGGGGAGACCCUAGAAAUGUACGGGAGCUGUGUUGUUCGGGUCAACGAGAGUCUGAAAAUUGAGUCAAUUGAAGUUUUUUAUGAUCCAAAUAUAAUGCUAAAGAAAUUGACAAACACGGGGGAUAAGGCAAAGUGCCCAUUUCAUCACUAACCUAUAGAUUUUUUGAAUGAUCAUAAUUUUUCCGGUAUUAAAAUUCAACAAAAAAGAAA